AUGGUCAAAAUAGUAGGCAUCAAUCGCGAUCGUCUCGUCCGCGCGGCAGCUUCUUCGCAGUCGGCGGCAAGUGCUCGGCACACGCGUACGCGUGUCUUUGGUGCAAACGUUGCUGGGAGCAUCUGUCCGAGUUGUGGGCGGCGCGGAACGUGCUUCAACCAUCCUGGAGGCCCUAGCCUAGCUUCUGUCGUCGGGAGCGAAUCACUGGCUGCAAGAUGGCGCACUAGUCGGGACGCCUGCGCCUGCGCAUCUGCAUCGUCCAAGAGGAUAAAGUCUCGUCCGCGCGGCAGCUUCUUCGCAGUCGGCGGCAAGCCCUCGGCACACGCUUACGCCUGUCUUUUGUGCAGCAAGAAGAAAUGGAGCGUGCCUCAAAGAAGUGGUCUGACCGCCGCCCCGGCCCGUGCUACGUACUGGAACAGCCGGCCGUUUGCGGUGGCCGACAAGAGUGGUAUAGAAUCGAGGGGCACCACCGCCGACGACGCCACAAGGACGGCACUGUUUCCAUGUCUACAGCGAGGCCCACAAGAGAGCGGCACACAGGGUGUCCCAGCCUGGGUUGGGAAAGCCCUUGUAAAAUACUGGUGCAACGUACGGCUACGAGAUCCACGCUAUUGGUUGCGUGCCACUGUCGUCCCAGGUGGGAGGACCCCGUCAGGUUUCGCUCCCUUUUGUGCAGCCUCGUCUUAAGAUGUACACGUAAAUAAAAUCUUCGAUUUAAUUCAGAUCAACCGAUUGGGCCAGCCCUUCGGCCAUCGACGACAACUAUCGGCCCCAAUCAAAGGCAGUCACGAUAUGCUCCUCGACGAUUUCUAUCAACAUGGCCACGGCAUCCGAGGCUGCGCUGAUGCACGAGAACACGGCAGCGAUGGCGCGAUGCGUGCGGCACCGUCAUCGCUUUCUUUGAGCAGUCGCCACCGAUAGAUACUGUCGUGAUUCACGUUAACAGCGCAAUAUUGUCACGUGGUAGUGACGUUAAAUAACACAGUAGCAGUACUGUGCAAGACAAAACUAGCUUUUAUUGGGCGAACCUGUGCCCACAAAAUAGGCUACACUUAAAGCGCAACGAUAGCG